AUGUUCCUCGCAAAUUCCACGGUUCAAGAGCUUCACGACCCGGAAUUCUCGUUUGGCAGCGAAUUCUGGUUUUCCCUGAAUAUGAAAGUGGAUCACCUUUCCGCCAUUCACCUCAGAACAUACACCGAAGCGCAUCAAUUUUUCGCAGGGCUGCAGUUUAUUGUCAGACCCGUUGAUUUAUUCGAUGAAGAAGCUGCACAUCCUCAGCUACAU